AACCUUGAGCCCAAUAUUUUCCUUCCUUACGUUGGUUCAGUGUGUAGUUUAACUUAAGGGACGGAAGGCCAUUGAAACCUUGGCAUAUUAAAGAGGAGAAAAAUCGCUCAAUUGUGUCUGCCACGUCAGAGUAAUCCCACUCUUUUUCACUGAUGAAAAAUACUUUCGUGACGAAAAAUUCGAGUUGAAAAGUGGUUAAGUGAAAGUGAAAAUUGUACGAAAUUCGUGUCCUUGACAGAGCUCAAUUCUAUAAAAAAUCUCAUGGACUGAAAACCCGACUUUAUCCGGAUCGCUCAGGGUUUGACGACGACUGGAUGGAAUUUCACAAUGAGGAAGAUCAGGUUUACGUUGCAGACCGCAUAGUGAAGCAACGUGUCAGGAGGGGGAUGGUCGAGUAUUUCAUAAAAUGGAGAGGAUUUAGCUCUGCUUACAAUACGUGGGAGCCAAAAGAGAACGUUUUGGAUUUAAGACUGAUUGAAUUGUUUGAAGAGAGUGAGAUGACGGACGGAACAGAUGCCUCUGACGACGACAGGAUGGAAUUGCCUAAUGCGGGAGAUCUAGUUUACCUUGCAGAGCGCAUAGUGAAGCGACGUGUCAAGGAGGGUGCGGUGCGGUGCGGUACGGACAACAAAAUGUUUAUGCACCCUGGUAUACUUCCCAGAAUUAUGUAGACUAUCCAACAAUACAACUCUUCUUUUUGACAUUCGCUUUACACGGUUGAAAAAUUAAUCGCUUCAAACUUUAUUAAACUAGUCGCCAUACAUACAUAAGCACCGCUUGUUUUUAUAAGAAUUAAUCGAAUUAAAUGUCAUUAAAAUAAAUACUCUGGUGUUUUUCUGCAAUAGGAGGAAACGGAUGUUAUUUAUUUCCCAUUAAUAUGGGACACGUAGUAACCAAAAGUUUGAAAAGGGCUUAUCCAUAUAUUACGUCAUUGAAAAUUCUAGAUUUUAGCACGCACUCACCCAACGUAAACAUUAAGGGAUCGGGAAUUUUAGCAUGGGAAAGAUACGAAGACCUAAACCACCCACUCACUAAAAUGAUGACGUAAUAUAUGGACCUUCCCAAACAGUUAGGCACACAACUUUUGUGUCAAAUAAAGUUGAAGUAAACUUAUUUUUCCUACUAGACUUGUGUUACGGCCGGGGCUUAUCAACUUCAGAAUUAUCUUCUCGUGAUAACUAAUUUUCUGGUGAUCUGACCUCGUGCCGUAAUGAACUUAUGCGUAGACUUGACUUGGACUUAUUUUACUUAUUGGACUUUAUACUGGACUUGGACUUAAACUGGACUUGGACUGGUCUAAAAACUGGUUAAAUACUGGUUAAAUGCUGGUUUUAUGCUGCUUUAGUGCUUGAGUUUGCUUAAUGUAGAGUAUAUGUAAUUAAAUAACUAAAAACUUUUAAUUAGAACCUUCUCGUUAAUUAAAUUUUAGUAUUUCUUCGAAUACUUCUAUGCUACAAAAAAUGGAGCUUCUUACUCGCUCGACUUACUACAAGAGACUAACUUAACUCAACGUUCACUUUCUCAUUCACUCGCUCGCUGACAAAUGACGCUUCCCUUCUCCCACUCAAACUCACGUCACCAUGGCAUCUACCACCUCGUUAUGGGGCAAUUGCACACUAACAUUCAUACGUACUAAAAUCUUAACUAAACAAUCAUAUAAAAUUACAUGAACUUAAUACGCAUAAAUUAACCAUAAUUUAACUUAUGCCUCGCCGCAACAACUUGAAUAAUAAAUUUAAUCCGAGUUAAUUUUUAUUCGAGUAGAUACGCAAAUAAGCAAAAAGUUCACAUAAAUGCUGAACUUUUAGGAUUUGCAGAGAUACAUGCAUAAUUAAAUCGCUUACACACAAUUUUGCAUGCAAUGGUGAUUAAUUGUUCUGGGUUGAGUUGCAUCGCGUUAUUUUCUGCUGUGUACACAUGAUCUGAUAAAUUAUUCUCAAAUUAUCAGACUCACGUGUCCUCAGGGUGCCUUCAGCCCUAGCCACAAUUUGAUGCAUUGCAGAUUCCGUUGACCUGCCUUUCAUAUAAGCGUACUGAUUGUUGCCCAUCAGUCCCCCUGUAAGCUCAGGCGUCCUGAUGUGCCAAUCAAUCAGCCGUUCCAUGGUUUUAAGGAAGAAAGAGGUUAGCGAGAUGGGCCUCCAGCUAUUUGCCCUUUCGUAACUAUCCUUUCAUGGCUUUGGAAUAAAGAUGACUUUGGUCUCCCUCCAUGGCCUCGGAGUGUAGCCAUGUUGUAAGCAGGCCCUCAUCACCGUAGUUGGAGGUCCACUCACACCAAAGCUGACCACUUGGAGCAUUUUAGGAAACACGUCAUCCACUCCCGCCGCCUUAUAAGGACCAAAUGACUUAAUGGCCUUUUCCACCAACUCCGGGUUGACAUAAGAGUCGAUCCUCGCAGUGGUUUCCACUGUUAGAGACAUUCCCCUUUCAGCCCCUUUCGGGUCUGGUGGGUAAUGUUUCUCUAUCAGCACUUGAAGUGAUUGUUUCACAUCCACCGUAUAACCACCAUUCGUAUCCUGAAUACGCCCAAGUCGAUUGACUUGGUCAUUCUUCAGAACACGAUGCAGCCGAGAUGUUUCAUGAGUGGAUUCAAUUUCCCCACAAUAAGUCCUCCAGGAGUCCCGCUUUGCCGUCCGGAGUGCAUAUAUGUAUCUGUUCCUGACGACGCAAUAAGCCUCCCAAGAGUCCUUACUCUUGUCAGCAAUAUACACCUUCCAGUGUGUACGCGUUGAUUUCCGCAGAAGGUCCAGUUCCCGAGACCACCAAGGAAUUACGCGUUUCCUUGGUUUCACUAGUUUGAGAGGGCAUGCCUCAUCAAAUCCCUCCUUCAGAACCCGAACUAUCCUAUCAACAUGCAUGUCUAUUUCCUCCGUAGAGGAAAUCUCCAUGCCGUCCAUAGUGCUCAAUUUCGGUUUCACGAGCUUUGCGUAGAGCUCCCAAUUCGUUUUCUUUUUGUUCCGAUAAUACAUUGGUUUCGG